UAACGAAACUGAAUUCUCUCAAUUCAAUUUACACAUUACAUGACAUAUAAUAUAUUAAUAAAAGUCAAAAUCAAUUAUAACUUAAAAGUUUGACUUGUUUUGAUCAAUAAACCUGACUGUAGCAAACUUAUUAUUUACUGGAAUGUGCUGCUUACAUUGUUUGUCAAAAUAGUUGGGUUAUGUUAUAGCAAAAAAUAUGAACAGAUAUUUAAUUCAUAUGUCGUAUUUAGGAACACAAUUUAGGGGAGCACAGAAACAAGUGCCCAAAGCAUUCCCCGAUCAAUUAGAUCGAGAAACAAUACAAGGAAAUUUAGAAAUAGGAUUAAGACGGCUGAGGCCACUAAAUAAACCAUUUGUUGUCUUAUCUAGUCGAACAGAUACUGGAGUGCACGCGUUACAUUCCACCUGCCAUGUUGAUUUAGAAUCGAAAUCAGGAAAACCAUUCGAUAGUAUUUUAAUUCUUUCAACACUGAAUAGUUAUUUCAAUCGAUGUCACCUUGAUAUUCGAAUAUUGAAUGUUGUUCCUGUUAACAAUCGAUUUCAUGCACGACACGAUGCUAUUAAACGAACAUAUUUUUAUCGAAUAGCUGUUACACAAUCGACAAGUUCAUUAUCUCCUUUAAUAGCAUUUACACCUGUUGAAGAGCGACGAAGAUGCCAUUUUGUUACAACUCCUCUGGAUAUAAACCAUAUAAAAGAAGCAGCUUCCCUGUUUGUGGGUAAACACGAUUUUCGUACGUUUAUGGAAACAUCAAAAUCUCAUGAUAAAAUAACUCGAAAAAAUAUUGAUUCUUUUGAAAUUCUACCGGGAAAUUCGCAUAUUAUACAAAGUGCAACAGAAUUCCAACCGGGGAGCAUUCAAGAUUAUACCAAAUAUACAUAUUGGGAUUUUGUAUGUACAGCAAGAUCUUUUUUACAUAAACAGAUUCGACGAAUGGUAGGAGUUCUUUUAUCGGUUGGUCAGGGCAAAUUAACUUACAGGGAUGUAAAAUUUAUGUUACAAAUUCCAUCAAAACAUAGUUGGGAUACACGUGCAGUGCCAGCUCCGCCUCAUGGAUUGUAUUUAUGUAAAGUAGAAUAUCGACCUGAAUCACUUCACAACAAUAAAUUGGAACAAUAAAGUUUGGCAUAUUUAACUCUGGAAAAAAAAUACAUGAAUAUUCCCUAUUACAUUAUGAGCUUUUUAGCACAAUUGAA